UGAGUUUUUUUUUCCAUAUUUUUGUUUUUUAAUGGAUUUUAAUUUCUAGUUGCUUUUUUGCUACAAUAUGUGUUUUUUUAAAUAGGUUUUUGCAUAUUGAUGGAUUUAGAUGGUGUUCAACCUAAUUAUCCUUCUUCUUGUGUUACUCAUUCAGUUGGUGAUAUUUAUCGUACUCCAGAGGUUGUUGGAUCAUUUAGCCCUGGUGGUACCACUAAGGAAUGGAUUCCAAAUGUUCCCAAGGAGUUAAAACCCAGUUUGGGUAUGAUAUUUAAAGAUCCUGAAGAGGGUCUUAGUUUUUAUAAAGCAUAUGCAAAUGCCGCUGGGUUUACUUCUAGGAAAUCUACUACUAAAAGGAAGAAGAAUAACAAAGAUAUAAUUGCUUUUCAAUAUGGAGUUUGCAAUAAGGAAGGUUUUAGGGCAAUAAGAAAACCUAUUGCUCAACAAACAGUUUAUGAAGAAGGAAAAGUUCAUAUUACUAGGAAACGUUUAGUCACUCGUGUAGGAUGCAAUGCUCACAUAUGUAUGAGAUAUGAUGCUGGAAAGUAUGUUGUAACUCAUUUCAAAGAAGAACAUAAUCAUCCUUUAUAUACUCCAAGUUGUGCAAAAUUUCAGAAGGAUAAUAGAAAAAUGCAUAUUAUGCAUAAAAAGUUGAUUGUUGAUAAUUCAAAGGUAAAUGUUGGUCCUGUGAGGUCUUAUACUAUGAUGAAAGAAUUAGCUGGAUCACAUGAUAAUGUUGGUGCAUCUAAACAAGAUUUCAAAAAUUUUUAUAGAGAUUUGAAGGCUUAUAUUGAUGGAUCAGAUGCCCAAAUGUUUGUGGAUAAUUUUCAAAAUAAGAAAGUGCUCUGGAGUGCAUUUUUUUUUUCCUAUGAUGUUGAUGAAGAAGAUAGACUUUGUAGAGCUUUAUGGGCUGAUCCAAUCUGUCGAAAAAAUUAUGCACUUUUUGGUGAUAUGGUUUCUUUUGAUACCACAUUCAAAACAAACAGAUAUAAUAUGAUCUUUGGUCCAUUUACUGGAGUUGAUCAUCAUAAAAAAUGUGUUACUUUUGCGGCUUCUUUUGUAGCUCAUGAGGAUAUAUCAUCUUUUGAAUGGGUUUUCAAAACUUUUCUUAAAGCAAUGGGAAAUAACGAGCCUGUGUGUUUGAUUACCGAUCAAGACCCUGCAAUGAAAGUUGCUGUUCGUAAUGUUUUUCAAACUACAGAACAUAGGUUUUGUAUGUGGCAUAUUAUGAAAAAGGUGCCUGAAAAAGUAGGUCGGGCGAUUGCCCAAGACACUGAUUUCUUGAAAAAACUGUGUUCAUGUGUUUGGCAUUUAGAGAUUGAGCCGGCAGAAUUUGAAGAAAAGUGGAACAAAGUUAUUUCAGAAUUCCAUUUGAACGAUCAUGAAUGGUUGGCAUACAUGUACAACAUACGUGAUAUGUGGAUUCCAGCGUAUUUCAGAGAUUUAUUUUUGGGUGGCAUUAUGAGAACCACAUCUAGAUCAGAAAGUGAAAAUAAUUUUUUCACUAUGUUCACAAAUCCCCAUCUCACUUUGAUUGAGUUCUACAUGAGGUUUGAAUGUGCAUUGGAUGCUCAAAGGCACACUCAAAAUAAAAUGGAUAAUGAUUCGAAGAAUAAGCGUCCGGAGUGUAAGACUCCAAUUCCUUUAGAGAAAGAUGCUUCUGAAUUGUUUACAACAACAAUUUUCUAUGAAUUUCAAUAUGAGCUUGAAAUUGGAUGUUUUAAUUGUGGUGUUGAGGAGAUGAAGAAGGACAAUGAGCUUUACAUUUUCAAUUUGAGGGAAGGAACUAGAAGGAGGACUUUUGAUGUUGUUUUUGAUCCAACUACCUUUGAUACCAAGUGUUUUUGUAAAAAAUUUGAACGUGAUGGUGUGCCUUGUAGGCAUAUGAUUUGGGUGUGGAAGGCAAGGAUGUUAGAAAAAAUUCCCAAGGCCUACAUUCUAAAUAGAUGGUGUACAAUGGCUUAUAAGAAGCCCAUUUUUGAUUUAGAGGGUAAUGUGUUGGAGGAAUGUAUUAAUGCAGUAGAUAAGAAAAUGUUAUUAAAUGAUUUGUGGUCUGAAAUUCAUGCUUGUGUGAGUUUAGUGCAAAACAAUGAAGAUGAUCUUAGUGAUCUUGUCAAAAAACUUCGAGCCAUGAGGGUAGAUUUGGAACAGAAGAAAACAAAUGGAAGCAACAAUCUUUCGAGCAAAGUUAAAGACAUUGAAAUGCUUAUUGGAGCUAGUCUACCUUCUAAUGUUUUAAUCAAACCUCCUAAAAUUUCGAAGAACAAAGGCACGGGGGUUCAUGUUCCAAAUCAGGUCAAUGUUCCAAAUGAUGUCCAUGUUCCAAAUCAGGUUCAUGUUCCAAAUCACGUAAAUGUUCCAAAUGAUGUCCAUGUUCCAAAUGAUGUCCAUGUUCCAAAUGAGGUUCAUGUUCCAAAUAGUGACAAAAGAAUGAAGAGUGACAGAGAAAAGUCUAUUGAACAAAGUCAAAAGAAGAAGAGAUUAUGUAGAGCAUGUGGGUAGCUUGGUUAUCAUGAUAGUCGUAAUUGCCCUGGAAAAGUCAAGUGAUAUUGUUGGUGAAUAUACUAUUAAUCCAGUUGCAUGAGAUGUUAUAUAUUUAGAAACAAUAUCUCAUUUACUAGCACGUAAAAUAUUAUUCAUGUAAUUCUUAAAAUAUAAGAACUCAAUUUAUUUACUUUUAGAAACAAUAUAUUUUUAUUUCUUUUUUGUCCAAUUAUUAUUCAGAGUAUCUCUACUAGUGUUUUUCUUAUCAAUUUUUAUGUUAAUUAAAGUUGAUUAUAAUGUUUUAUAACAUCUCCUGUCUUUUCAUCUUCCCCCCUUUUCGUAAUUAUAAGUUGUUUUAUUAAGUCAAUUUGAACUACGAGUAAUGAUAGUACAAGCAUUUUAGAUACCUUUAUUAAACAACAUUUAGUUGAAUCUUGCU